AUGGAUGGUAACUUAUUUCAAGAGUCUAUACCAUCUUCUAUGAGUUCUCUAAGAGGUCUUCAAGAUUUAGAUCUUUCACACAACAACUUCUCUGGUUUUAUUCCAAUAUAUUUGGAAACAUUUAGGUCCUUACAAAACUUAAAUUUAUCAUUUAAUCAUUUGGAGGGUGAGGUACCAACAGAUGGAGUCUUUAGAAAUUUAAGUGCAAUUUCAGUCAUUGGAAACAAUAAGCUUUGUGGAGGUAUACCAGAACUUCAUUUGCCAACAUGCAAAACUCAAAAAUCAAAAGAAGAUGGGAGGCCUCAUGUUUUCAAGAUAAUAGUCAUCCUAUGUGGUUGUGGUGGCUCUCUAUGUUUGAUUUUUGGGACACUUUUUUUCAUUAUCUACUGGAGAAGAAAGGAAAAGAAAGAAUCCACUUUAUUUUUGAUAGAAAGUCGUCAUCUUAAGAUCUCUUAUGCCCAACUCCUUAAAGCUACUGAUGGAUUUUCUUUUGAAAAUUUGGUUGGUGUGGGGGGUUUCGGUUCUGUGUACAAAGGAGUUCUCAAUAACAGUGAUACUACUGUUGCAGUAAAGGUCGUCAACAUUAAACAAAGAGGUGCGUCCAAGAGUUUCAUGGCUGAAUGUGAAUCCCUUAGAAACAUCCGGCACCGUAAUCUUGUAAGAAUCUUAACAUCUUGCUCAAGUAUAGAUUUUGAAGGCAAUGAUUUUAAAGCUUUAGUAUAUGAGUUCAUGCCUGGUGGGAAUUUGGAGAGAUGGUUACAUCCACAUGCAAAUGGCAUACAAGAUGAGCAAAGGCAUUUAAACCUUGUUCAAAGAUUGAAUAUUGCCAUUGAUGUGGCAACUGCAUUGGAUUAUCUUCACCACCGUUGUCAUACACAAAUUAUUCACUGUGAUCUAAAGCCAAGCAAUAUUCUUCUCGAUGAUGAUUUGAUUGCACAUUUGGGUGAUUUAGGGAUAUCAAAAAUUCUUUCAAAAGCCACAAGAAGAUCUCAAAAUCACACUAGCUCAAUUGGAAUAAAGGGAUCUAUUGGAUACAUUGCACCAGAGUAUGGCGCGGGUGUGGAUGAUUCAACGCAUGGUGAUGUCUAUAGUUAUGAAAUUCUCUUGUUAGAGAUGUUCGUAGGCAAGCGACCUACUCAUGAAAUGUUCAAAGAUUACUUUAAUCUUCAUUGUUGGGUUGAGAUGGCUAUGCAUGAUGGAGUUAUGGCUGUUGUCGACCCAUCACUUGUCUCCAUGGAAAAAUAUGAAAAAGAGGCAGCAUCAAUCAAUAUUAACAUCUUGCUCAAGUAUCGAUUUCAAAGGCAAUGA